AGUGUUUACUUGGAAUCUGAGCCCUCUGUUCAAGCACCGAGAUCCAUUUCUUUCCACGAAUGCUAUGGGGUGUUGUUCUUCGAUCAGCCACUUGAACAAUGCUCCUGUUUCCACUCACACCACCAACUUGCCAUCGCCCAUUGUGCAUAGUUUUUCUAGGUCUAGGGUUUAGCUAAAAUAAUACCAAAUGAAAUUGGCUUAGCUUAAACACACGCGAAUGUAGCUUUUUACAUUCUAAGCAAGCUACGUGUCGGUGAUUCCCGCAUACACCCGGCGAUAUGAAAUUAAGUUUGGUCUUCCGAUACAAUCAAACAGAUCGUGCUUUAAAGGAAACUCACCGUCAGCUGUGUUGGCUAUACUGACGAAUAACGCGAGUAAAUUUAAACACUGGCGAGAGAUGGCCACAAGGGGGAGUAUCUGUGAUUUCUAGCCCUGUCUGUUUCCUCUCCAAACCACCACUUCCUCAGUCAAGGAAACAAAAGCGGAAGUCGGCGCACUUAACAAGCUGUUGUUGUGAGACAGUCGUGAACAAGCACAAGCAAAUGGCGGAGGAGGAGGACGAGCCAGGCUUCGACGAAGAGUUGGAGGACGGCUCCGGCGGGGUGGAUGUCGGCUACGGCAAGAGAAAGAGACUCUUCUCCAAGGAGCUCCGGUGCAUGAUGUACGGAUUUGGAGAUGACCAGAACCCUUACACGGAGUCUGUAGAUAUUCUGGAGGAUCUGGUGAUCGAGUUUAUCACGGAAAUGACCCACAAGGCCAUGUCUAUCGGGCGCCAGGGUCGCGUCCAGGUGGAGGACAUCGUUUUCCUAAUUCGCAAAGAUCCCAGGAAGUUUGCUAGAGUCAAAGAUCUGCUGACCAUGAACGAGGAGCUGAAGAGAGCUCGGAAAGCUUUUGAUGAAGCAAAUUAUGGCUCUUAAACUCACAACGGGACUGGUUGUUAUUCCUCCCAUGACCUUUGUUUCUUUUAAUUUACUGUUCGUUUGCUCGUGAGUUCAUUCAGUCUUCAGACUGCAUGUUUGCGUCAUGUGUGUGUUUAUAGACAGCAUAACAAUAACAACGAAUUUCAGUGUAUAUGCUUGAUUUCAGACUUUUUGGUUAUGUAAAAUAAAGCAACUUGCCAAUAGUUUUAAAAUGA